AUGUCCUUAGUCUAAAAUCAUACAUCGCUUUUUCCAAGCUUCUCAACCUCUUCUUUGAGUUUGAGAAAAGUUGUUGGCAUCUGCGCUCUAUGCUACGGUGUUUCUUAAGGAGUUUCCUGGCUCAUGAGCUUAAAAAGGAAGAGAAUAGCCUAAAAAAUCCACAACGAUUCCUUAGAAUUCAGAAAAAAUCACAAAGCUAAGAUUAUGUCAACUAAAAUAGGUUCUACUAACUUAUCUAAAGAAAAGAUUGAAGAAAUCCUCAAUGCUUCCGUGGUUUAAUUGAAGGAAAUGCUCAAAAACAACGAAGUAACAUGCGAAGAUUUGGUCAAUAUAUUCACUGAAAGAGCAAUAACUAUUGGAAUCGAUUUAGAAUUGCUUACUGAUGUUAAUUACUAAGAAGCUAUUACUCUUGCUAAACAAUACGAUCAGAUGAUUAAAGAAAACCCCUCUAUUGUUGAUAAAAAACCUCUUUUUGGUAUUCCCAUAUCCAUAAAGGACUGCAUAGACUAAAAAGGUUUUCCUUCUUCUAUUGGAGUAUAUAACAGAGUCCAUGCAAUAAAAGACAAGGAAGGACUAAUUAUGCAUCUCAUAAGAGAAUCAGGUGCUAUUCCUUUUAUAAGAACUAAUGUCCCACAAUUUGCUUUUUCCUAUGAAAGCUAGAAUAAACUUUAUGGAAAGGUGAAAAACCCUUGGGAUGUAAAGAAAAUGUCAGGUGGUUCAUCUGGAGGUGAAGCAGCUGCUAUAGCUGCAAGAGUAUCCCCUAUAGGACUAGGCACUGAUAUUGCUGGUUCAAUCAGAACUCCUUCAGGAAUGACAGGCAUUUAUGGAUUCAAACCUACUUCAGGAAGAAUACCAAUUCAAGGAGGAACAUACUACUCGCCUAUAUUAGCAGGAAAGACCAUCAUUAGAACUACUUCAGGCCCUAUGGGAAAAUCCGUUGAAGACCUUGUUUUGCUGAUGAAAGCUGUUACUAAUGUCGAAUAUAUUCAAAACUUGCCUCCUUCACUCUAGGACAUUUAUGAAGUUAUUAAACCUUUCGAUGAAAAAUCUUACAACGAUCACAACACAAAGCUCAGAAUCGGAUACUAUAAAACUUUGAGCUACUUCGAUUCCACUUUAUGUAACUAGAGAGCUGUUGAAGAAGCAGCUGAAGCAUUGAGAAAAGCAGGUCACGAAGUUAUUGAAAUAGAUUUCCCAUUUGCCAAAGAACUUACUAAGCACUUUUAUAUACACUCUUCUUGCGAUUAAAUAGAAGGUUACUAAGAAAUCAUAGGAGACGAAGAUUUUGGAGAAGAAUUCACUAAUGUAGUUAAUUGUUCUAAAUGGUCAAAAGUGAAGAGAGCAGGAAUCUGUAAGUUACUUAGAUUGUUAGGAGAAAAUAGAGUUGCAGAUACAGUUGAAUGGGGCUACAAAUUAUCAGCACCUGAGUAUUUGCGCAAUUGUGACUCUAUCUUGAAGUAUCGUUAGAAAGUUAUUUCAUUCUUUUAAGAGCACAAGAUUCAAGCUAUAAUUUCACCUUGUUUUUCUCACCCUGCUGUAGCUCAUGACAUGUUUAGAGAGUCAACAAUCAAUUCUAUUUAUAAUUUGAUUUGGAAUGUAGUCAAUUUCCCUUCAGGUGUCGUACCAGUGACUUAAGUCAGAAAAGAUGAGUAGCAUUACACCAAUUCAAGAGUCAAGGAUAAAUUUUCUAAAUUGCUAGACUCAAGAAUGAGACAAAACACCGAGGGAAUGCCUGUUGGCGUUCAAAUAACUUGCUUACCUCACAGAGAUGAGUUAUGCUUAAACGUUAUGAAACAACUAGACGACCAAAUACAAUUCUAUUAAAAUCACUCUUUCCCUAUGUGA